AUGAUCUACUACCUCAGUCCCACACAGCUUCGCCAGCUGAAGACAUACAAGUACUCAGGAGAAGACAAGUCCUUCAUAUCCCGCUAUGUCCUCAACCCAUUCUGGACCUGGUUCGUCACCCUCUGGCCAAAAUCCGUCGCCCCUAAUACCAUAACUGCCCUGGGACUAGGAAUCGUCUUUCUGAACUUUGCAACACUGCUGUGGUACGACCCUCUCUUCCUAGCAGAACGCGGUGACGCGUACAUCCCCCAAUGGGUAUACUUCACAUGGGCAGCGGGACUCUUUGCCUAUCAGGCGUUUGACGCGAUCGACGGGAAACAAGCGAGGAGGACGGGGAUGGCUGGCCCUUUGGGGGAGAUGUUCGACCAUGGCUGCGACGCGAUCAACACGACGCUCGAAGUGAUCCUCUGUGCUCAGGCUCUCAAUCUCGGCAGGUCUUGGUGGACCGUUGCCUCGGAACUGGCGACGCUUGCGAAUUUCUAUCUGACAACAUGGGAGGAGUAUCAUACCGGGACGCUCUAUCUGGGCUACUUCUCAGGACCGGUAGAAGGGAUCCUCAUGAUCGUAGUAAUCUACAUCAUCACCGGCUUCUACGGCCCAUCAUUCUGGGACACCCCCCUCCUCACCUUCCUGCACCUAGACCACCUCCCUCUCCUCCAGUCCAUACCCAACAAAGGGCUGAACGAAUACUUCAUGAUCUUCGGUGCCCUCGCACUAUUAUACAACAUACUCUGCGCAUACAGGGACGUAGUGCUCGCCCGUCUUGCGCGCAAGCAAUCCGUCUUCCCGCCCCUGCUCGGCCUGAUCCCAUUCAUACUCAGCACCUUACUCCACCUGGCCUGGCUCCACCUCACCCCCUCACCUUCCAUCCUAGAUAGCCCGCACUUCCUCCCCUUCCUAUGCGCGUGGGGGACCCAGUUCGCACACAUGGUAGGCAGGAUGAUCCUUGCCCACGUAACCAAGUCGUCGUUCCCGAUGUGGGACUGGGCAUGGGUCUGGACGGGUGGGGUCGUGCUGGACGCUUGGUUCGCUCUCGUUCGUGGGAGAACCCCCCUCCUCCAGCCCCUCCAAACCGCCAUCAUCUACCUCACCCUACUCCUCUCCCUCAUCUCCUACAUCAGGUUCUGCACACUCGUAAUAUGGGACAUAACCGACUAUUUGGGAAUUGCCUGCUUUUCGGUGAGCAAACGGGUGGGGGGGAAGUGGAAGUGGGUUGGGAACGGGCUGCCGGAUGGGGUGGGCAUGCGGGUAGGCAACGGGAAUGGGAACGGGAACGGGAAUGGGAACGGGAACGGGAACGGGAACGGGAACGGGAACGGGAACGGGAACGGGAACGGGAACGGGAACGGGAACGGGAACGGGAACGGGAACGGGAGAGCGGGAAAGGAGCAGUAG